GCUUGGUUAUAAAGCCCGGUGGGGGCUCGAUUCACGUUGAUUUCUUCUCUCCAAAGACCGGCCUCGACGGAUUCUCACUCUUUUCUCUUUUUGUGAUUUUUUUUUGGGCUUUUCCCAAACCCCAUUCUAUCUUUUUCGUUGCCACUGUCAGUCAAGGAUCGACUAGGUUGUGGAUCCAGCUUUUCCAUCUACGGAACUGGUCCUGGUCGUUUCCUUCUUCCGGUGCCGUUGCUGGUAACGCCACUCACCUCAGUACUUCAAACUACUUUAUCUGAUCGGAUCGGAAUACAACUCCAUACGUACACCGGUUAUUGUUGAUAUCAAUCGCUUCUUUGCGCUCGGUCUGUCCUUCUUUGGGGUUCCGCAGUCGAACUUGACUCUCUUUCUCACCCACAAAACCACUCUCUACUACACCCAUCUGCGGAACAAUGAAUUCAUCCAGAGCCGCAGUCCAGAUGACGAUGCCUUUGCGGUGUCUGUCGAGGAACCUGGUCACGCGCACUACCGCCUCAUCAUCUUCAUCGAUAGCUCCGCUGCUUCUGGCCGGGAGUAAAACCUCCCUCCCGGCUAGAUGUCUCCCGUCGUCGGGAAGCAGUACUCCAGCAUUCGUCCGACAUAGUUCGCAUUCCCCGCUGGGCGGCACGCCGGCUAAUCCUCGCAAGAAAGUGACGAUACAGAAUUUGCGCAGUCUGUAUCGGAAAGGCGAGCCGAUCACCAUGCUAACGGCACAUGACUUCCCCAGUGCCCAUGUCGCCGAGGCGGCCGGCAUGGAGAUGGUGCUGGUCGGAGACAGCUUGGCAAUGGUGGCACUGGGGAUGGAGGAUACGAGUGAGGUCGUGAUGGAGGAGAUGUUGUUGCAUUGUCGGAGCGUGGCGAGAGCGGCGAAGAGUUCGUUCACGGUUAGUGACCUCCCUAUGGGCUCCUAUGAAGUGUCACCGGAGCAGGCCCUUCAAUCGGCCAUCCGCAUCGUCAAGGAGGGUCGCGUGCAGGCCGUGAAGCUGGAGGGAGGCGCCGAAAUGGCCCCUACUAUCAAGCGAAUCACGCAGGCGGGGAUCCCCGUCGUCGGCCACAUCGGGUUGACGCCGCAGCGCCAGAACGCUCUGGGAGGGUUCAGAGUCCAGGGCAAGUCGACCGCGGGGGCAUUGAGUCUGUUGAAGGAUGCCCAGGCUGUGCAGGAGGCCGGUGCAUUCAUGAUGGUUCUUGAAGCCGUGCCCGCCGAGAUUGCCGCCAUUGUCACGAAGAAGCUGAGCAUUCCGACCAUUGGCAUCGGCGCUGGUAAUGGAUGUUCCGGGCAGGUCCUCGUGCAGAUUGACAUGACCGGUAACUUCCCGCCGGGUCGAUUUCUCCCUAGAUUCGUGAAGAAAUAUGCCGAUGUUUGGGGCGAGGCCAUCAAGGGGAUUCAGCAGUAUCGGGAAGAGGUCAAGAGUCGCGCGUAUCCUUCGGAAGAAUACACCUAUCCUAUUCCCAAAGAAGAGUUGGCGGAGUUUGAAAGAAUCGUUGGUAAAUCGGAGGACUAAAGAGUCUUCGCAAUUUGUGUUUCAUCAUUUGCUACAUGUUAUUUUUCCGCAUCCUGUCUGGCAUGGUGGUUUUCGUGAUACCUCAUAUUUCAUAGCUCGUGUCCCAUGUCUCAUAUCUGUUAGAAAGUGAUAGAAGCCAGCUGGCUGCUCUCUACGCUGACCCCUGCAUAAGUGUCCUUUUGGCGCCAUGGGACCGUCACCUCCCAUUCAACCAAACGCAGGGGUCAUGGAGUACGACACGAUCAAUUGGUCAUCCGUCUUGAAACA